AUGAUCGGCAAGCAAGGCAGCAAGAUCAAGCAGAUGAGGGACAGCACAGGGGCGAGGAUUCGCAUGUGCUCCGUGCCCCCUACCAUCCCAUCAGAGGAGCGGCUGCUGGUCAUCUCCUCGCCGCCGUCCUCCUCAGCAGACCCAUCACCAGCGGAGACUGCUCUCUUUGCCAUGUUCCCUGCUGCAUUGCUGCCCCAGGAGAGUCCCCAUCCCAACCAGAACCGCCAGCAGCAGCAGCAGAGGGGAGACGAGUCGAGCCGGUCGGUUCUGAACCUGCUGGUGCCGGCGUCACAGUCGGGCGCUCUGAUUGGGAAGGGAGGCCGCGUGAUCAAAGACAUUCGCGAGUCCAGCGGGGCGUUUGUGCGCAUCACAGAGGGACCUGCCUCGCCGUUUGCACUGCCAGCAGACAGGCUCGUGCAGUUCCGCGCAUGGUUCCAAGUUUUGAGCCAAUCCCCCUCAAGAGUCGCUAGAGGAGAUGGAAACAGCAGGCUCACGGGGAGGGAAGUAGGAAGGGGGGGGAGAGGGGGAGCUUCGGGAGCUGGCGGGUACCCAGGUUCGGGGAUUGCAGGCUUGGGAUCCGGUUUGGCAGGAGGUUAUGGCUCGCCAGGAGGUCCGGUGGGAGGCUUGGGAAUGCCGUCUGCGUAUGGUUCGGCAGGAGCGGGGAUGUACGACGCUGGGCUGGGGUUGGGAGGGAGCAGCCUAGGCUCGGGAGCGCUAGGUUCGGGAUACGUGGGUGCAGGCUUGGGAGGAAGUUUGGGGACGGAUCUGGGGAGUAGCUUUGGGGGAGGGUUGGGGGGAGGACUGGGGGGAAGGGGGAUGGGAGGGGCAACAGCAGCGGCAGGAGACCUGAGUUGGGGCCUGGGGAUGGGAUCCCAGGGUGGUGUUGGGGGGUUGGGGGGGAUUGGAGGAGGGUUGAGUGCGGUACUGGCAAGCUAUCAGGGAGCAGCAGGGGGAUCAGGGGGAGGGGGGAUAGGGGGAGGGGGAAUGGGGAGUGGUGCUGCUGGUGGUGGCUCUCUGAGUGGUUUCUCAUCAUCCCCAAUGGGUCAUACUACCUUCUCUUCUGCUUCUGUUGCUGCUGGUGGUGCUGGUGCUGGUUACGUUGAUGCGUCUGGUUACCACCCUCCAUCUGGUUACCCUACGUCGUCUGGUUACCAGCCUUCGCCUGGUGCUGGUUUUGACGAUCCUUCAAAGCGGAGGAGGGUGCAGGAUCGUCCUUUUGUCAAAACCGAAGCAUCCGAGCCUCAUGGUCACGGCCAGGGCCAGGAGCAGGCUCGGAUUGAGCUUCGGUUGCCGGGGCAGGCGAUAGGGGCGGUGCUAGGGAAGGGUGGGAACACGAUCAAGAACAUUCGGCAGAUGUCUGGUGCUAACAUCAAGAUCCAGCCCCCGGAAGCAGGCAGCACGGACAGAAUUGUCAAGAUUUCUGGCAACCCAACUCAGGUUUCGAGUGCAGAGGCUCUCAUCAAGGCAUGUGCAGCUGCAAGAUGA